AUGGUCGACUUUAUUUUCGCUGUCUCGCAUCCACAGCAUUGGCACUCGCUCAACUUGCAGGCAAACCCGCAUCAUUAUUCCUUCAUGGGCAAGCUCGGCAGCAAGGCCGUGGCCAUGACUCAGGAGCGAUUUGGUGCAGGAGUUUAUUUUAACCCAUAUGUUGAAGUAAAUGGCAUGACGAUCAAAUACGGAGUCGUGUCCAUCGAUACCCUGUGCAAUGAUCUGCUAAACUGGGAGACGAUGUAUCUCUCUGGGCGCCUCCACAAGCCUGUGAAGAUCUUGAUUGACGAUCCACGGACAAAACUCUCAAACCAAGUCAAUCUGUUCAAUGCUACUCGUGUCGCUUUGCUCUCGCUACCAAAGUCGUUCACCUCAGAGGAAUUGUUCACCAAGAUUGCGGGAUUUUCGUAUAUGGGUGAUUUUAGGAUGAGCAUUGGCGAGAAUCCGCACAAGGUCCAAAACAUUGUCCAGGCCCAGCUUGCACAGUUCCAUCGUCUCUACGACCCUCUACUCGCCAACCUCAACAAUGUCACUACGCUGCGCGAGGGCUUUUUGGAGCAGGACGACAGUCCGUUGGUCCGAUCGCGGACAUUCCAGAAACUGCCACCAAGGCUGAAGCAAGGGGUCCUGUACCGAUACCACUCAGCCUUGUCCAAGGCCGGCGUGGAGAUUGUCAAGGAGGAGGGAGAAGAGAUCCAGUCGGUGGCGACAGCGCCUGAUCUUGAGAAGUAUCUGAACAAGACGGUCCAUUCAAUUGUUCAAAUUCCAGCUUUGAGCCAGUCGAUCAAGGGUAUUGCUACAGCAGGUGUUGUCAAGACUACAAAGUAUGGCAUGGAGAAGCUAGGCAAAUGGUGGAGCCGUGACAAGUAG